AUGUCGAGGAGAAACGCGAGGGAGCGGAGAAGAGUUCGAGUUAUUAAUGACAUGUUGAAAAUUCUCCGAGAUAAAUUACCGGAAGAGUGGACAACUAAAAAGAUGAGUAAACUAGAAAUUUUAAAGAAGUCAACUCUAUAUAUCAGUCGCCUAGCUGAGCUAGCAGAAGACGACUCUUUUGUAAAGAAGACUGAUAAAAGAUAUGGCACGAGAAAGUCGGUGUCGGAGAACCUGAAACAAGCGUCCGGAAAACAACAAGGUGAACCGAAUGGGAUCGAAAACAAUAUUACAGAAGGAGGGUUUAUUUUAGCUCGAGUACGGAAAGAGAGCAGUGUUUCAUCGGAUGAUAUGAAUGGAUCUGUAGUGGAUACGCCGUCUGAGGACUUCGGAGAAAAUUUUCACGGAAAUUUAUUCGAUGAAUUUAAUACAUCAGAAGAACUAAUGCAUGUUGAUACCUUUUCCAGAACUUGA